AUGACGGUGCAUAUCGCCAAAGUCAAAGUUAGACCUCGCAAAAGUGCCGUGUGUGCUGUGGAGCUUUCAAAUAUGCUAGGGUGUUGGGCAGCAACAGGCGACAUGUUAGCAAGCAAUCAAUGUCAAGCUGCGGCUGAGACUUUGUUUCAAUGCAUGCGAACGGCACCUGUCCGCGGCAAACAACCUAGAUCUUCGAUAAAUUACCACCUCGCUAGACUGGGCAGAAACUCGAAAUAG